CGGAGAUUUUCCGUGAAGCCUCAUCAACUGAACGUGUUCAGCGUGAACAUGAAGAACAUGCACGCAUGCGGCGUAUCAGAGACCGGAGGGUGAUGGACAUUCGGAGAGGACGCUUACGUUUCACACUCAGAGUCGAAGGCAAGUGCUAGGGAAGGUUGGUUAGAAGAACAGUUCGUGAUUCGUUUACCCUCGUCACAUAGCGUUCCAUGCGUGCGCACGCAUGCAACAACGAAUAAACAACCGACGUCAUUCUCCGGACCUUGUUUCACACGCCGCCUUGGGUGGGGUAGCCACAUAGAGAUUGAAAUACAGCUCUAACUCCUGAGGCGGUAGCGGUUACUGUGUGAUGUAAAAUAUGUUCGGCUAAAUCUGGCGUCUGCACCAACAGCCAGGCUUGCUGAAAUGACAAACAGCGGCAGUCACACGCUUAUGCGUAACACUGUUUGCAUUUUCAACCUCCAUAUGGACUCUCUACACCAUCGCAUGCCUCUGGCCUACCGCCUAGAGUCUCCACCAGUGGACGGAAGCCAAUCGAAGGGUGGCCCAGAUCCGUUUCGAAAAUGAUUAGACACUUUUUAAGAGCAGCGUUGCGCUUGCGGCUGCUUCUUGGUUUUGGAUCACGUGCAAGAAGUCGGCUGUCCAGUCUGGCAGCAGGCAGGUAUCAGAGUGGAUACGUCCCCCAACCUGUCGCACCCUCGCCCGCUGUAGCACGGUCGUCGGUGCGCUCUGAAGAAGACAAGAAUGAAGACGAAAGCGAACGAGAGGAAAACGAAGAAAGCAGCGACAGAGAAGACGGAGACGGCUCUUCCCCGUCGGACCCUGUCUCCUCACUCAGUGGUGCAGCGGUGGUCACUCAAGAGACGCAGGUUGCUCCGCGCAUUCCACGUGCAGCAGGAAGGAGAGAAACUGGUCAGGCGAGUGAAGCAGACAGAAGAGUACGCAGCGGACCGGAAGAGGCUGAAGAAGCACAGAUGAAGGAUGGAGAGGGCAACACCUCAAGACGGUCUUCAGACGACCCCCAGAGAUACGUGCAGGGUAGCAUGAACGUCGGCAGUGUGAAGGCAGGUGACCUGCCGUCCAAGGAGCCACACCAGAAAGAGACAUGGAAAAAGAGACAAACUUUAGGGACGUCCGGAGCCACCGAUGAAUCAAAGACUAGCAAUCUAGGAUCCGAACCGGUGAAUGCCACAGAAGACAACCAACAGAACUCCGGGAGUCAUAUAAACCCCCGAUUCUGUCUGACUUCAGAUCUUUCGGCGGAUGCUGAGUCAGGUGCUUCUUCAGAAACCGAGACAGAGACCCAAGCGGAUGAGCACAGUCAGAGUCAAGGACAAGGCGUCUUCAGCGCGGAUGUUGUUGUAGGACCUUUGAUAGUGGUGAAGUGCAGCGAAACGAGGGAAUGCUUCACUAUUGAAGAAGUUAGAGGAGCGAUUUGGGCGUGGAUUAGCGAGCAUGUCCCGGAGUUGGCGGCGAGGGCGCAUGCUGGAUUCGAUGUUGUGUGGAAGAACGCAGUGCAAGAGAGCGUGGCGCCCCUCCUACAAUCUUUCCCUGGAGAGCUGUACUUGAAAGCAAGACCGGCCAUCGUCGUUCCACAAGGACACGAACAAACAACUGAACCCACGGACGAGUGAUGUCGGCGUAUCAGGCAAAAUGCGAAAGCGAACUGUCCGAUUCAGUACUGCACAUUUAUCACUCUCGAUGCACGUAUUCACAUCGCACAUGGGAACGCAGUGAGGUGUUGGAUUUAAAAAUGGAUUCGACCGCACCAGGAUUGAGAGUCUGUGCAACUUCUGGGUGGCCGUAUCGGCUUACAUAAGAAUACUCUGAACACAUCUCUGCACCGUUUGUUCAAGAGUCGUGUGUUUCUCUGAUCUCUGGGUCGUUUCUGCACCUUCACACUCGUGGCUUUUGCUUGCUGACAAAGGUGACAUUUCUUCUAGAUUAGGACUGAAGAGGACUGAGGACACAUGUGUUUAGCACUUUCUUCGGUAGCGGGAUUGCCGGACGACG